AUGGCGUUGCUUCAGAACGAAGAAUUCACCAUCUGGCAGCUUCGGACCUCCUACCUGGCUACGAUCAAGGACGGGGUCGGCGACCGUCUUAUCAAUGUGAACUCGUCGAUAUUGAACUCGCCUUGCUUCCGGUCCGCUGGGUGGUCGGCCACUGCUGACCCCAACGCCGCUCAUAUCAAACGCACACACUCACCCCCCAUACCCACGGCGACGACGGUGGGCGAACAAUAUGCUACUCAUGGCGCUGCGCGACGUGGUAACGCCAGCGUCAACGUCAACGGAAGAACAGAAGCGAUUACAAGGGAGGGCAGCUUUGGUGGCGAGGACACCUUGCAGCUAGGCGCCAGGCGUGGGAACGCGGCCGAAGAAGACGGAGAUGAAGAGAUCACGUUGAACCCGGAGGGGAUUGCGGGGCUGGGAUUUGCAAAUAUCAUGCGGCAGACGUAUAAGAAGAAGGGGAGCCGGAGCGAGUUGGGGCGGAGAGGGCAUGGAAAGGGUUCCAGACGGCCUGUGACUCCCGGUGAAGGGGAGGAGGAUAGCAGUGAUCUCAGUGAUGAGAGUGAUGAAGAAACUUCCAGACAGAGAGGCUCUGAGCAUCAAGGCGGGCCGCGAGUGCUGAUAACAUCACCGUCUGUACGGUCGGUGGAUAACCGGUUCCGCAGAAGCUCGCUGGGGGCGGUGGAAGCCAUCAAGUCUCGAGCCAGACGAGAUACAACUACAAGCAGUGACAUGUCAUCUGAUAUAGAACUAGACCCAGAGGCGAUGAAAAGACGGCAGAUGCAGUUUUCAAAGCAUGAAAAUGAAGCGUUUGUUCCGCGGGAGGAAGACGAAGAUGCGGAGAGCGAGAAGCUGGAGGAAGAGGUAGAGAUGGAAGCCGAGAUGGCCAGUGGGGCCAUGAGGACUCAGAGGGGAGAGCAUGAGCAGGACGACGAUUCUAUCGCCGGGUCUGUUGGGUCAGCCAUAUCCUCAGACUUUGGCAACACAGCCGGAUCGGGGUCGUUGCUGGGCCGCGGUGGACUCGAUGUAUCGUCGCCCCUGAUACUGAACAAGAUACCCAAAGGCAUGGAGGCGCAGGGGGGAGGGGGAGGAGGCACAGGAGGCAGCAGUGGGGGCAGCGGAGGAGGAGGAGCAGUAGGAAGCGCAUCACCAAGGAAGGAUAAGGAUACAGGUACGCCGGCACUGCCACGACUACCGCCAGCGCAACCUAUUACGGCCACGGAGCCGGUCAGUCUGUUGUCUAACAUGCUGAAUGCGCGGAAGAAGGCUCCUGAGAACCCGAUGGAGAAGUAUGCUAUACUGUCCGGCAAGGGUUCGUCGGGAACACCGCUGUAUAUCAAACUAUUUACGCCCUGCGCAGAAGACCCGGAAGAGCCAAUGGACAUGCCUCUUACGAAGGACACAAAGGACGGCGACCACUCGCGGCCUGUGACCGUUGCCGAAGCCAUCGGGCUCGCACUAUGGCGAUAUAUUGACGACAAGAUCAAGCCGGCCAUCGAUGCCUCGAAGCUGGGCGUCAACUACUGGAACCUGCGGAUGGUUGAGGACGGGGAGGUUGACUAUGACUUCCCGCCCCUUGCGAGGAAACGGCCGAUCACAGACUUUACCUCGAACAACAACCGGGCAGCUGGGUUCAGGGGCCGGUCGAGGAGCAAGCCUUACGACGAGUUUGCGCUGGUGGAGGCCUCGCCGGCGGAGUUUGCAGAGAACGAAGCAGCCUGUCCGGGGGAUAGCGUUGCUGUCCCGGACGUCGCCACUCCCACGGCAGGAGAAGCGGCAGCAACGGCGACAGCAACGGGAGCAACGUCGACGGCAUCAGCUCUGCCGUCGAAUCAUAUCAAGGUGGCCAUCGGCGGACGCCUGAACCCGAUACUGGGCCAUCCGUUCACUUCGGCGCUGAACGACAGCUCAUUGCGGCCAGCCGACCUCCCAGCCAUCCCUACGAUGCAGGCCACGCCUCGACUGGGCGUGUCGACGCAGCUGAAGGUCCGGUACAUCGACCUGGAGGCGUCUACACGGACGACGACGCUGAACACGUCGACGGACAGCUACAUCGCCGAGAUCCUGGACUCGGUGUGCAAGAAAUGGCAGCUGGACAAGGGCAACUAUCUGCUCAAGAUCAUGAACACCAACACCGUGGCACCGCUCGAUCGCACCGUCGAAGCCCUGGGAAGCAACACGGAGCUCGACCUGAUCCGCCGCCGCUUCGGUGCCGGCCCUCUCUCCCUCAUGGGCUCACCGGGCAGCUCGUCCCCCAGCGCCCCUUUACUGGUCGACACCAACACCAACGGCGCCUCGAAGAAGAGCAAGAAGGGCGCCGCCUCACGCAUGCUGCAUCCGCUCUCGCAGAAGCAAGACGUCAUCGUCGGCGGCUACUACAAGCGCUACAACGUCAUACGCAAGCAGUCCAUGUCCUUCACGACGUCCAGCCAGCGCAUCCUGGCCUUUGACAACGACUACAUGCACAUCAUGCCGGCGGAGACGGGCAAGACGCUGUUCGAGGCCAACAGCAAGACGACCUCGAUCUCCUUCUGCGACGUUAUUGGCUCCAAGGUGAGCAGGCGGCAUCCAAAGAGCUUCCGGUUUGUGGUCCUGCGAGGCACAGAGGCGACGGAGCAGAAGAGAUAUGACUUUGAAGCGAGGAAUGCAGUGGAAGCCAUCGAGAUUGUCGACGAGAUUAAGAAGAAUAUGGCCCAUUACCGGCUGUGA